GAGCGCUUUAACGACCUCCGUCUCUUUCUCUCGCUUGCCGCCUUUUUCCUUCUGGUUCGGUCUUUUCCUCUUUCGUUUUAUUAAGACCUGUUUCCGUUUAGAUCCAUGUAUGUUCAUUUCUUAUUGUUCUGAUCUUAUAUCCUGAUUUUGAAUUUACUUUCUUCGAUGGCAUAUAGAAUAUGAUUCUUUUUGCUAGUAAAUGAUGUAGUUACUUAGCUCUAAAAUAUGUAGGUGAAAGUUUCUUUUAGCAUCUAUAAAUAGGUAAUAUGAUUUCAGAUCUCGAAAUAUUCCACAUUUUUAUGGUUGAAUUUGUGUAUUUGAGAUUAUUCGUUUUCUGUUGGCACUGUGAAUGCAUGCUUUUUGUAAGAUGAGAGCUUAUGUGUUUUGUUUGUUCCGCAGGUUUUUUUCAUUCUUUUUCAAAGACAAGCUGAGAUGGUAAGUUGACUGAACCGUAUUUUUGUUUGGCUUUUAUUUUUUUCUGUGAUUUCCAUUUGAUUUGAUUUCAUGUUUGAUAUGUUACAGGUGAAGUUUACUGCUGAGGAGCUUCGGGCCAUUAUGGACCGCAGUCACAAUAUCCGUAAUAUGUCUGUUAUUGCUCACGUGGAUCACGGGAAAUCGACUCUUACUGAUUCUCUUGUUACUGCUGCUGGAAUUAUUGCACAAGAAGUUGCUGGUGAUGUUCGUAUGACAGAUACCCGUGCUGACGAGGUCACGAGGCUGAGCGGGGUAUCACAAUCAAGUCUACUGGUAUCUCUCUGUAUUAUGAAAUGUCUGAUGACUCUUUGAAGAACUACAAGGGAGAUAGACAAGGGACUGAGCACCUCAUCAAUCUUAUAGAUUCCCCUGGCAUGUAGACUGUAGA